UCAAAAGCAACUGUUCGAGAUUAGGGUGUUAUGAAUCUUGCAGGAGGUCUCGUGCUCAAGAAAAUGUCAAAAUGGUAUGAAGUGUCAGUACGACUAUGAUACCAGAAAAUGCCAACGCAGAUGUGAGCCGCCCUACACAGGAAUUGAUUGCAACCAGCUUCAAGCCAUAUCCUUUCGUUUCACCACUCUUGGUGCACAAGGUAACUCUGGGCCAAUAUCGACUGCUGAAUAUGUGAACACGUCACUACAGGGAACGGUAACACUCGACAAAGGGGUCCAGAUCUGGAGAGUGCCAUUCACUGCUCUUUAUAGGCUCAAAGUCGCUGGGGCUUCAGGAGGGAAGGCGUCAUCCUCAGGGGGAAAGGGUGCAAUCGUAGCAGGAGUGUUGCUGCUAACGAAGGGAACUGUGCUGCACCUUUUGAUUGGUCAGAAAGGACUUCCAGGAAGUUCUGGUGCAGGAGGAGGUGGGGGAACUUUCGUAGUUUUUAACAAAAACACGCUUUUGGUAGCAGCAGGUGGCGGUGGCGGUGGAGGUGGUCAUAUUACCUCAGAAGACGGAGAUGAUGGUCAAGCGAUCAAAGCUGGCAGCGUUUAUGGUGGUGUAAAUGGUUUGGGUGGAUCAGUGUGCGCUAGAGAGGACAACAAUGCAGGGGGAGGAGCUGGAUUUAAGGAAAAUGGCAAAUGUAGUCGCAAUGUGUCAUGUUCCUUAACUCCUCAUCCAUGCAACGAGUCCGGGUUGGCCUAUGUAAAUGGUGGUCUGGGUGGCAAUGGGAAUGGUGUUGGAGGAUUCGGCGGGGGUGGGGCGGCAUACAAAGAUUUUGGAGGAGGCGGAGGGGGUUAUUCAGGAGGGGGAGUGCAUGCCACGUCUUUGGGUUCACGGGCAGGAGGGGGUGGAUCUUACUGGGCCGUAGGGCGGUUGAAGUCAAGCAAUGACACCAACUCUGGCGACGGAUACGUAUUGAUAGAUUUCAAUAACAGUUUAAGAAAAAAAUGA